AUGGCGGCAGCCAGCAGCAGAAAGGCUUGCAGCUCGAAAGCAGAGGGCGCGCAAAGCAAGAAAGGAACGUCGCCCUCAGCAGCAAAGAACAUGAAAAGUGUCAAGCAGCGUGCGGAUGGGACGAAGGCUGCAGUUAAAGCGUCCAAGCGAGUGGUGGUACCCGCAGCCAAAAGAUCGGCAAAGGCUAAAGCGUCCAAGCGCGUGGUGGUACCCGCAGCAACCAAGCAAGCCUGGAACAAAGGGAAAAGAGUCAAGAAAACUGGCCAGCAGUUUCUGUACGUGCCUCGGGAGGACCUUCCACUCUUUUUCGCAGUGGCUACGUACUUUGCAGGUCCGGUCUACGCCAUCGUUCUCUGGCUGACACUUGUGACGUCUCGUCGGAUUUCCGAAGCGCUGCUGCUUCGAGGCAGCGACGUGAAACUGGCAGGCGGAGAACAUCACGACGAGCCUCACGUGCUUUUCCAGAGACGCCCAGAAGACAAAGGGUACGGCGGGCAGGGAAAGAUGGGUUGCGAGCAGCUUGUCGCACGCAUUUCGGAGGAGGCAGUGCAGUCGCUGCAGCAGCUCGAGCGCGAAGGCCAGCCGUGGAUCAUCCAGCCAUGCUUGGAGCCGUACCAGGUAAGUCAUCCAGAGGUCUUCACCCGCUUCAAAGCUUUACGCAGGACCCCCUUCCACUGCGAUUUCAAGGAAAACUCAUUUCUGUUUCCGAGCCACUCUGUUCGUCGCAAAUGCCGGCCGUGCAUGGCGAGACAAACAGUUUGGAAGGCAUUGGACCACAUUCGUCAAGUGCUCUUCGAGCUGACUAAGAAGCGUCGCUACAAUCCCAGCGCCAAGUUUCAAGGUGAGCGCAUCACGGUCCAUGGGGCGACGCGGCACACAAGCGCGGCACUUCUGUUGCACAACCACGAGAAGUCAGAGACGAGGCCGCCCAGCGAGCAUGUCGUGCUUGAGAUUCAACAACGUUCGGAUGCUCGCGUUUUCCGCGACCAUUAUUGCCACGCGCAUGAGUCAGAAGUCAAAGCUGCGCUGGAUUACGGAGCCGCUCCGGGGCCUUUCGGCGCCUCGCCUUCCAAAUCACACAGUGCUGUGGACGAGAUGGUGGUACCUCCCUCCAGCACAUCUGAUGCCCAUGCGCAAGGCGCAGCGGACGAGGUGGAGGCACAGCGUCUAGACACAAGGGAUCGCGACGCGAGGACGACAGAGAUGGUGGUACGUCUACAAGGUGAGCAGCCCAGAGCUGCUCAAGAAGGUGGCUUGCCUGCUCCGUCGGCGAGGAUUUCCGAGGCAUCCCCAACGGUCUUGGACUUGACGCCCCAGAACACUCAGCAGGGCGACGUCAACAAGAGGAAGCAUGACUACGUAAGCCGCAACGCAGGGGCCUUGGCUAGCUGCAUGGAGGAAGUCGAAGAAGAAGCAGCGCCUCCAGCAGCGGAAGAAUGA